AUGCUCUCUUUUGGAUUUGUUAUGCUUCCAUUAGAAAUACCUUUAUCUUUAUGUCAUAGUUUAUCUUAUGCAUUAGCUGUUGCAAAUUUCUUCUUCAAAGAAUCAUUAGCUAUUUUUUUAUUGUGGCGACUAAGACAAAUUGAGAAUCGUGAAUCUGACAAAUGGAUCAGUUUGGUUUUGUUAUUUAUUAGGACAAUAGCACAGAUUACUCAAAUGGCAUUAUCGAAACCGGACAUUUUUUUUGACGGCGGAAUUCAAUCCUGUAAUCCUAAUCCUAACUCAGCCAAAGUUGCUGUUUGGACUGUAAUUGGUUGUGAUAUGUUGAUUGAAAUUUAUGUGACUGUUCGCCUUGUCAAAAUUCUUAAAAGGGCAAACCGUAAUGCGGCACAAAUUAGAUCAAACAUGGACAGAAAAACGAAACGUACCUUAUUUACUGCCGUGAUUUAUUGGAAUUUCUUACGAUUAGCGGUUGUCUUUGUAACAAGUACAUUAUCUUCAAUAUAUAUUGAAAUUAUUCCUUCAUCAAGCUUUACUCAUCAAGCAAUCGAUAAAGGAAUUUUUAGUGCCUUUACUAUAAUAAUGUCUUAUGUUAUAACAGUUGAUGCUGAAAUUGUGCGAGUAGUUGAGGGUAAAUACAAAAAGGGAAGUAAUAAUAGCAACUCAGAAAAAAGUAUACCAGGAACGCCACAUGUACCAUCUGCUUAUCAUAAGAAAAAAACGUCUCAAACUCUUCCUAAAUAUACAUCCUCUAUAGAACAAGAAGAGAGUGAUGAUGCCUUUAUUACAUCAAUGAAAAGGUUAUCGUUCUUUGAAUGGGCAAAUAUGGUUGUAGGCUUUCGUCGUGACAAAAAUAAUAAUGAAAGGAAUUUUAAUGAGGAGGAUAUUGAAGAAAUAGUUGAAGGACCUUCAGAUGCUACAAACAAUGACAUUGAAAGAGGUUUUAAUCAAAUCAAUGAUAAAAGACGAAGUAGCAAUUUUAGUAAUAGUACAAUAGUAACAACUCUAGCAUCAACAGUCAAAGAACGUGACUUUGCAUAA